UCACCUUGUUCCUAUACCGGGUACACAUUUUUGUUAUGUGACCAUUUAGAAAGAUUGAGGACUUGGAAAUGUCAGAUAUUUUUUUCAUAUAGCGUGGCACAUACACACAAGGCGUGUUAAGAACCUAUCGUCGCAAAUCGUUGUGAUCUCUCUCAAAGGGGAGGUAGCCGGCCAUGACGCCGUUGAAUAGCUUAUAGAGCAUAGCUAUUUUAAUUUUAAAGCAAAGAUCGAGCUAUUAAGUUGAAGUGUUUCCCUAACACACACCGACCUACGAUGGACUUGUGGGGCUUGAGAAUAGGCCCAUAUCUACGCUCCAAUACAAUUUAAAUGACCUACGACUCGUCGUUCUUUACCUAUAGACAAUAGAACGUGUUUUAAGAGGAAUCAACGUUUAAGAUCUCUGAAAAGAGGAUUUAAGUUUUAGUCGGGAUACAUUACAUAUAAUUACACCGCUCAUGAGCGACUCAUGUCGUCACAACAAGCCAGCCCAGGGGUCAAAUUACCGCCCAUUAACGAAAGUUCACUGAGAGGGCCACACAGACUAGGUGGUGCAGCAGGGAUCAGCGCUGAUGGUGUGGGGACAGUUCCGGUAUCUGUGACUAUUCCCGGUGGAGGACGUGGUACGCAGGUGAACGUUCGAAGUGUCCCGGCUUACACGGAUGUUUUACAAUCCAACAUGCCGGGCAGGCAGGGUAGACCUUCACACAUAUAUAGCUCGUCUAUAGAUUACAAUAACAAACCAAGACAAGUGUCCAAACCCAGCGUGGUAGCUUUUGAUGGAUUCGAGGUUCCUCGUGGAAAGAGUAGACGAAAAGUCAAUGGAUUUUUUCCGCCGGUGAAAUUAAGGAAAGGUGGCAAAGGAAAUGGUCACGAAAAUGGAGAGCAACCUUAUGGUAAAAAGAAGCCUUUCUUCUGGAAACCUCCUCAAAAAUCUGAACAGAUGGUCCCUGUCAGUGACACUUCUCACUAUCCUAUGGUAGGAAAGAUCCACCUCACACCAACAGCCCACACGGAGAUCAGGUCAAAGUCAGUGAUGUCGCGAAAUGUGGGAUACUUCACGAAUGCUCGGAUGUCCCCGGAUUCUAUCCGGACGGCCCAGACAGCACCAGAAGGGAUCGUGUACCCCAAUAUCAUCAAUGAAACAGACUAUGAUGACAUCACUGUCCUACCCCCACCCAAAAAGAUCCUUCCGCGCCGGGAAGUGCCCUGGGUGUUUAGAUAUAAAGUUAAACGAAAUAUGAACGAAUUAGCCAAGAUUCUAGCGAGUAAAGCCCCACAACCUGUGGUGGACCAGGCUUCGUGAAAUUUGGAGCCAGCAACGCGGGUUGGACCAGGUCUCGUGGAAACUGGUUCUAGUCCGACCACCAAUAUGAGGCCAAUGGCUCCUUUGUUGUGAUAUUAUUGUACUGAUCUGUUCAUUAUGGAUUAUCGAGAUCUAGAGAUUAAAGGUAGCGGGUUUUUUUUUUAUCAAUAAAUAAGCAUUGUGACGAAAAGCUUAUUCAUCGAUAUACGUGCGAGCGAACCACACAACCGUUGCCCAAGGUUUCAUUGUAUAUAUAUAUACACAAGGCUCAUCUGCAAUACUCGGAACAAUAGACACAUACGCAUGUACACAUAUAUAUAUUUUUGUUACACGUUUUGUAAGUAAACUAUCAACUGGAAUUAACCAUUUUAUAAUACCGAUUUAUAUGACUUUAUCCUGUAGUAUCUACUCCGUGUGUACGGUACGGAAAUCAGCUCGGCAUUUAGUCAGAAUGUCAGGUCUGUUUUGUUAGAUAAAGCUGUUUGUACGUGCCAGGUCGCCAGACAACAUUACACCCGUCACUGAACUAUACCCUCAAACAACUUCAAUAACAGGGAUUAAAAUUAUUCACAGUGUGUCCUGUCUCGCCUCCUAACCCUGAAUGAAAUCUGGAAACGUAUUGACAUCAUCGUGUGCCCAAGACAUAGCACUUUGAAGCAUUAGUAUAAAAAGCUGCAUAUGAAAGCCAACUUUAAAUGCAAUGUAAACACACGUAUACAUACCAAUUGUAUUUACUUUGUAAACCCAAUGAGUAUAAUGGAAAAUAACCCCUGUGUUAUGUGGUAAUAGUAUCUGUGAUCAACAAGGAUUUCUCGUUAAACAGUUUUUACUCGAGUGGCUGUGAAUGUGACGAUCUAACUCGAACUAUUGACAUUUUUUCAUAUCUGUAGUAAGUUAUAAGAAUGCAUUAAAACAUAAUCA